GGUCCACCCCCAUGCACGUUAGCCUCGUGGCCUACCACUCCGCCGCCCCUUCGAUCCUCUUCACCAUGUCAACACGACUGAGACCAAUAAGACAAUUCUUAAGUGCCUUUAAGGGCAACAGUAAUGAUAUUGUCAAAUUUGAUUCCAAUAGAUUACGAUUUUUCAUUCUUUAGGACAGAUUUCAUAAGCUACAAAGUGCGGAAUUGCUUGGGCGAAGUGUAUCAAAGAGUGAGCCUGCUUUGGCACUAAAGCAUAGAAAAGCUAUCGAAAAUUGUCGAUCAUGAUCCAGAUCAAAGGGGCUGUGUUAUCACACUACUCGCUAGGACAUAGAGAUGGGGAUGGGGGAGUGGAUGAUGUGGCAGGCAAGAGGCGGUGCCUGGUCGCGCCGCCCCCGACAUCUGAGCCGUGAUGGUGUCCGCUGCCUGUCGGUUGUUACCGCGGUCCCCAGCCAGGCCUCAGUACCCACUCACUCACAGACCCAUUUAACACGCAGGGGAUCGUACUGUGUCCCUGUGGGUGACGUGCGGCAGCGAUGGUCGCGCAGCGGUUGUUGGUGGUGGUGAUAACAGCAGCGGCGCUUCAACAAGUUCUUGCAGACGGCCAACAGAAUCUCACGCCGGAGGAGCGCCUGAAGAAAAAGCUGUUGGAAGGUUAUGACAAGACCACAUUGCCGCAGCGUGAGAACAAUGGUACUACCACCGUGCAUAUGGCCGUGCAAAUUCAGGGCACGUGGAUCGAAGAGGACAAGCAAGUCAUCCAUAUCAACGCUUGGUUCUUGCAGACUUGGAUAGAUCCUCGCCUCACGUGGGACCAUAAGGACUAUGGUGGCUUGAAAAAUGUACAUUUCGGGGACCACGAAGUGUGGCAGCCUGGCAUCGUCCUCUAUAACAAUGCUGAUGUCACGAAGGUGGACCCAUAUGGAAACACCGACUUGGUCGUUGAAGCUGACGGGACUGUGUGGUGGGUACCACCAACCACUCUUCGUGCUGAGUGCCCCUUGGAUGUGACCUACUGGCCUUACGACUCUCAGACUUGUGGCUUGUACCUUGGCUCUUGGACCAGGCAUGGCUACCACAUUGAUAUUCAGCUUUAUAGGAACAAAUCAGAAGUGAUUUCUGGUUGGUUCAUGAAACAUACACAUUCGUGGCAGUUCCUGGGUGGCCAGCUAAGUGUAAAAAUAAAAGAAUACCCGACUGCUAGCUUGCGUUAUGUCAUGUUACAAAUGAUCGUUGGCUUCUCAAGGGUCUCCCCAAUUUUCACUUACACAGUUGUCUUCCCAGCCAUUGUGGUCUCGGCAUUGACAUUGAUGCAGUUUGUCUUACCAAUGAGGGAACCGCGUCGCCUGAUGCUGGGUUGUGUGAGUCUUCUCCUGACGCUCAUGCACCUUGUCUACCUGGUUUCUGUUGUCCCAACUCUCUCUGACUCCGUUCCUAUUGUAGUUAAGUUCUUCGGGCAGACACUGGCUGUGACAGUGGUGAGUGUGGGAGUUAGUGCCACGCUGCUUCGCCUUACUGACACUCGCCAACCUACCAUCUCCUUUGCACCGCCAAUUGCUCUGAAGACCCUCCUUACUGGCCCUCUUGGCACCAUCCUCUUCCUCAGGCAGUACACUGACAAGGUGGGAAUGAGCGGGGGUGCAGCUGAGGAUGGAGAAGUACUUGAGGAAACGCGUCCCACCUCACACCACUAUGAAUGGCUCCUGGUUGCUGCCGCUGUGGAUCGUAUUGCUGUUCUUGCCUUCAUUGCCACCUUCUUCAUCACCUUCAUUGCUUAUGUGGCUGCAGUUUGAUAUACACAAUAGAAACUGGUGGCUGCUAUUGCAUUGAGUUAAGAGCAGCUCACUGUUUGAUUGUUGAUGACCUAUUUGUCUCUCAACAAAAGAGGAGAGAGAGAGAAUAUCAACAAGACUUACUUUCAUCUUGGCACACUGGUUAUCCUACCCUCUCUCUCUCUCUCUCUCGUGUAUGUGUGUGUGUGCAUGCACAUGCACUCAUCACACUUGGGUAUCAAUUUUGUGAAACAGAGUGAGCGAGCUUUUAUUUGUACAAUAAAACCCCCAUAAGUUACCAUAGUAGGGUCAUCCUUUGCAAACUUUAAAAAAUUCUAAUUUAUGUGAAAUAUCUCUAAAAACAUUGGAAACCCAUCCUACAGGCUCUGGGUUUUCAGUUUCCUUCCUGCCCUUUAGAGCUUCCCCUUGCAUCUUACUUCAAGGACUUGACACCAAGAAGGGCUGAUGGAUCUGAUUGAAUUUUAUCCUUUGCAAUGACACCAAACUGAUGUGGUCCUGUUUCUUUUUCCAGUAUGAUUUGCUCUUCGUUUCUCAAAUAUCAAUUCAUUUUCUUUGUAUUUUAUUUCUUUUCUUUAAGAAUAUAUUUGUUACUGUAGUCAAAAAGCUCACUAAUAAUUUGUCAAGAAGCUCACCAUGAUUUGAUUUUUUUUUUUUUUUUUUUAACAGAGUUGUUGUAAUGUAUUGAUUUGUCUCAAGUGAUUUUCAUCUCUUCUUUUGUCCUAGUUAUCAGUCCAUUCCCUUUCCCUUAAAAGGGAAUAAGGGAAAGACAAAGACUAUGUAGAAAAUUAUUAUUGGUGAAUUCCUUUUUGGCAACAUUGAUAUUGCAACAGCAAUCAAUGUUUAGAAGAAAAGAGCAGAGCACAAGAAAAAUUGAUAUUUGAGAAAGAGAAAGCUAAUUAAGCCUAAUAAAAAGACAUUGAACAGGACCACAUCAGGAAGAUGCUGUUACAUCCUAACCUCCAACCAAAACUAAACCCAGCAGCCCUUCAUAGCAUCAUGGUACUUUAUUAUUACUGCAUAGGUAUUCAGUCUGGCUUCACUUGUUUUUAACAAAUAUUUUAUUUCCUUGUCAACUUUGUUGAAUUCUGAGUUACAAAGGUUUUACUGUGUUUCUUUUGCUUUCCAUUAAUUCCAGUAGUCUAAAAUACUCGCAGUUCAACAUAAUCCUAUCUUUGUCAUUUGUAUGUAAAAAAAGUGUGGUACUUUUGGGUCAGAUUCAUCUUAACCUUUCCUUGAAGUGUGGUACUUUUGGGUCAGAUUCAUGUUAACCUUUUCUUGCAACCUAAAUACCUAGAAAAUUUGUGUUCUAAUGAUUAUCACCCAACCUCUACAAUUUUACAAGUGUUUUGUUAUUCUUUACAAUCCAUGAUUUAUUGCCUGUAACAAAAUUAAGUGACAUUGUUUUUCACAAGUUACCACAUGAAGGUGUGCAAAGAAAAUUUACAGUGGCUUUAUGUCCAUUGAGAUUUUUAACUGGUAGGCGACAGAUCAGUUAUAGACAAAUCACACUGCUAUUCGAUAACAGAUAAGAGUACUAAUGAUGCAACUGUAUUCUAUGCCCUGUUAUUUACUCUUGUAUGUAUAUACUGAACAAUAAAAUGCACUGGAUUCUAAAAUCUAGCUACUAAAAUGG